GUGGCGGUAGGACAACGCGGAAGUGAAUUGUGAACAGUCAUCAACAACACGGGGAGCCGAUUGAAUCAGGGAGACGGGAACAAUGUCCGGCCACAGCAGCGAUGUGCGAUACUGUCAAAAAUUCUCCUACGUUCUCCUUAAAUUCACCCUGUUCGCGUAUGCCGUCGGUUGGUGGCUGAUUGGCGGCACAAUUAUGGCCGUCGGAAUCUACGCCGAGGUGGAAAGGCAGCGCUACAAGACCCUGGAUGGACUGUUUCUGGCCCCGGCCAUCAUCCUGAUCGUCUUGGGACUGCUCAUGUUCGUAGUGUCCUUCAUCGGGGUCCUGGGUUCCCUGAGAGACAACAUCGUAAUGCUCAAAGUGUUCAUGUUCACGCUGACCGUGUGUUUGAUUCUGGAGCUCCUGGGAGGAGUCAUUGCCCUGGUGUUCCAAAACAAGACGGUGAACUUGUUGAACAGAAACAUCCGCAAAGGCAUGGUCAACUACUAUGACGACCUGGACUUUAAGAACAUCAUGGACUUUGUUCAGAAAAAAUUUACAUGCUGUGGAGGGAAGGAGUAUAAGGACUGGGAGGUCAACAUGUACCACAACUGCUCCUCUCGGAGCCCACUGGCAUGUGGAGUUCCCUAUACCUGUUGCCUCAUCACUAAGCCUAAUGAGGUGCCCAACACUAUGUGCGGGUACAAGCUGGUGAAUCAAGAGCGCCUGGACCUGAUCGAUAAAAUCCACAUCAGAGGUUGCACGGACGCAGUCUUCCUCUGGCUCUCUGACAACUAUAAGAUCAUGGCUGGGUUGCUGCUGGGAAUACUUCUGCCUCAGUUCUUCGGCCUGAUCAUCAGCUGGCUGUACAUCACCCGGGUGGAGGACGCCAUCGUUCAGUACACGAGCAUUCCGUACUCGUCCAGCCAAGUGGACGGCCCUGCGGGCAGGAGCAUGAUGGACCAGAGUGGCGGGUUCCAGCGGAUCCCCAUGAAGCACAACCGCGUUGCCAAUUGGUACAAGUGCAUGCCUGACUACGACUGAGACCCCCGCAAACCCCUUAACCCGUGCCGCCGAGAAACCCUCGCCGUGCUCCAUCUACCGAGCGACCCACCCCCCCCCCCCUGCGUCAACAACACCCUGCAUUGUUUUGUUUUUUUCCGUUGAAUGGCUCAGGUAAUCAGUGCCUUGGGGAUGGGGGGGAUUUUAGCGUCCGCCAUUGGAUAGCCGUUUUUUAAAACCACUUUACUUUUGUGCUAUUGGUUCUGAAGUAUAGAUGGAUGUGGGGGGAACAAAAUGACACAACUCCUUAGAUUAAACACUAAAAUGUAAAGAUAGUUAGACUGAUUUUGACCUACUCUUCUCGGCCUAAUCCGUUUUUCUUACCUGGCCUAUGCUAAGCUAAGCUACGCUAAGGUAGCCUGAACUACCCACCCCAGACAGGCAGGAGUGUUAUCAAGACAAUCAAACUCGCCAUUCAUCAGGGUUAAUAUGCAACCACUAAUGCAACUCGAAGAGUUCCCUGUUAACCACUUCUAAACCCUAAUAUGUUAUGUCCGCAGAGGGUUAUCUAUGAAACCAUCGUAGCCAUAUUGGAUCCAGUAGCAGUGAACCACUCUUUUUCUUCUCAGGUUUGAAUACAAAUAUACCAAAGCCCAAAGUUAAGAUAUGUAUUGGAGGGUUGAAAUCUGCAGAUGAACCCCAAGUGUUUAUAUUCAUGUCGGUAAAUCUCUGUAGCACAGAUACAUUUUUUUAUGCUUUUAGUUGAAUGAGCUUUUUUGAGGUUUGGUGAAGGGGGAAAUGUUAAUUUUAUAUCUUAUUUGUCGUAACUUGAAUACUGUAAUGACUCCAACUAUCAGUAGCAGUCACAAUAAUCACAUGUUUUGCAUGUUUUUAUCUUUAAAGGUGACAAGGUUGAUGCGUUGCAUUGUACUCAGGUUGCAUUGUACCUCACAGAAAAGGGCUGUGUUGCUGUAUUAAAGGAAUACGCAAGGUAACUUAUGACUUGUGUAUCCCGUUUUAUUUAAAAAUGUUAAUAAGCCUCUCUGAAUCUGAAAACCUUACAAUUACACUGACUGUCACACUGUGUGAUGAGGUCAAAUCCACCUGUUGUUUGCCUCCCUGGAAAAGCACUGAAUCAAUCCUCGACGGGAGAAUGUUUGUAACGCUUCAUGGAAAAUAUAUAUCAUUUUUAUGUCCAGAGUAUCAGUUGUACCUUUUUGUUUAAGUAGUUAGCUAGCAGAGAACCAACUGUUCCUUCACUUAUCACAGUUUCAUUCAGGAGUGGAAGUGAAUUUCACAGCUGUGAAUCAUUUUAAUAAUUAUUUUCUCAGACCAACUGUUUAGGUUUGUGAGGCCUCGUCUAAAUACAAGUGCCCGAGGUUAACAAACCACUUCAGCUGUGUAUCCGAAGGUUUUCCACCUCUUGUAUUGUUCUUCUAUCCGCUGCUUGUAGAUGAUAAAUAAUUCUUAACAUGCCUUACUUCUCAAUGACCACUAUAACUGAUAGUGUGCUUCACAGUGCCACACUAGGACAUUAAACCAUCUCAAAGGUUUUACCAUUAGGAAUGAAAAUAAAAUGUGUAUUUGAUUUUGAAACUGUUUUCGACUC